UUGAACUGAACUUGCAGUUUCAGAGUUUGUGUAUUAAAUAGGUUCAAAUAAUCAGAUUGCAUUUCCCAAUUUUGCAUGAUUUCCGAAAGAAACUUUUUUUUAUAGGUCAGCUAUUUCUGUUUUUCUUUUCCCACAAGUUAAUACAUAUUAAUAAGUAAUUAGUAGCUUAGGUUUAAGUAAGUUAAAUCCUACUCCAGUUUUCGAAAAUCUUUAAAAGAAUGAGCUCCACUUUAAACAAGUAUGCUCUUAAUACAUUUUUGUUAUGAGUCCCUGAGAAGAAUAGUGUUUAGACACUCUAAACAUCCCAAAAGUCAUUAAAUCUUCUCCGGCGAUGGAAUGCGGUCAAACAACAAAACCACUUUACAUAUGAACUGAGCUCGUCAUUCCAAAUCUUUAGUUUGGAAGAGUCCAAUCUUGUUUUCGCUUCCAAAAUACCUACGCGGGGUUAAAAUAGAGUUUUCUAUUGAAAAGCAUUGAAAUUCGGCUUAACAUCUUAGACGCACAGAACUUUAAAAACACAUUUACAAAUUCCAGCGGUUCUUGUUUUUAAAAAGACACUAAGCACCAUGCACCGGUAAAAAAAAGUAAGGGUCACAUAUCGUUUUUCAGCGUACUGAAGUAAUUAGCAAUAUCCAUUGGGUGCUAUUAGCCUCGAGCACUUGGACGCUCAGCCACAACAAGCCUGGUACUGGCCGGACAACGUAGCAAAUAGCAUAAUGUCGUCAAACAUUUUAGCACAAUUACUCUCCUAGUACCGCGCGCGUUCGAGACUGGGGACUGUCGGUUAUGGCUAACGAGUCGGGCAUCACGCGAGAAUCUUCAGACUACAACAAGACUGGAUGGAUAGUUGCCUUCACAGCUGUGGCAGUUGCUACUAUCGUUGGGAACUCGUUGACUCUGGCCGUUUUCCACCGCACCAAAAUGUUCCAUCGCCGCAGUAGCUACCUCUUGAUAAACCUGACCGUAGCUGAUGGGCUAGUAGGAGUUUUGUCCAUCCCUUUAUUCAUUUAUAUUCUCUGCGUAAGGGACGUUGGGAGUGUUCUGAGUAAUGUUUACACAUUCCAAGAUAUUUUUCUCGGGCUCACGUCGGUUACUUCCCUCAUGUUUAUCUCGGCUGAAAGAUUCUAUGCCGUCAGAUACCCGCUCAAAUACAGAUCGCUGUCAACACGACCGCACGUAAUCAUGAUCUUGCUUUCUUGGACUUUUGCUGGUUUUAUCGCGAGUGCGCGUAUUCUAACCACUCUUGGAUUAUUGGACACUAUGACUCUCACGUAUUUGAUGGUGUGCUCUAUCACUGUACCUCUUUUUCUCACGUGCUUGUUUUACACGGCUGUUUGGGUCACCAACAAGGCGCGCCACUUUCAAGGGAGGAUGAUGCAUCAGGAAAACAAAUUAUCGCUCACUCUAUUCAUCAUCACAAGCGUUUUUAUUAUCAGUUGGACUCCGUUUCCAGUUGCGAACAUCGUCGUGACCUUCUGGCCUGCUAUCCCGGGCUUUUCGGGUUUUAUUACGUUUUUGAACGUUGCAAAGUUGCUGCAUUACGGGAACUCGUUGUCUAACCCCAUCAUUUACACCAUGAAAAUGACGGAGUUUAGGAAGAGCUUGAUUCAGUUAGUGUUUAAGCAGGGUUCUUAUUAUAAGCCUCAGUCUAAAAGAUUGACUGCCAUGUCACGCUUGUAUACCAUGUCGGGCGAGAAAAAAAGAAAAGCAUCAGGUGUAUUAGUGUAGUGAACCGUUAGGGGGGGGGGGGGGGGGUAAUGGAAGGAAAGGUGAGGGGUAGUGAUAGUGCUGGUGGUGAAUAAAAAGGCUCUUUUUCCA